UCCAAUGUCUCAGCAAUGUGAUAAUAUCCGCGAUAUUCUUGUGUGAAUUAACUCUUAAAUAUGUAAAAAUGAAAGAGGUAUAUUUGGUUGUGCUUUUAACGAUUUGCACAUACAUAUUAGCGAUAAAUAUCGAAGGACCGUAUUGUUUUCACUUCACAUGGCCAGGCCCUUCCCAUGCAGAAGUCAACAAGUUAGACUGUAAGGAAUAUAAUGAGAAUAUGCCAUUUAUUCCUUGUAUAGAACCAUUAUUUUUUUACGACAAAAAGCCAAAUGUAACUAAACUAUGGGAGGAUAUAGAUAAAAAUAAUAAUACAAGAUACAUACAACGAAUGCAACCUGGUUACGUUUGUGUAAGCUAUACAUUUAUGUACAAUGGCGCAGUUAUGAACAUCAGUUAUUUCCAUGGAAAAGUCACAGAAGAUCAAGUUACACCGAUUGUGUCAGACUGUUAUCUCAAACACACUGAAGGAUAUACUAUCGAAGUAUGUGCCUGUAAAUCUAAAAAUGGCAAUGUUAUGCCCUGUAACUCAACAAUAAGAAAUAGAUAUUCAACACUAAUUAUUUUUGCAGUUGUAGCCGUUUUGCUGUUUAUGUAA